UGCGCCAAGGGAGUAUGCACCUGGAUGCAAAAGGAUAAUACAUAUGGGAGCAGUGGAAGGUGGAUUCUGAUUUGCAGGAAGGGAAUAGUAAUCGUGUGAUGAGUUUGCAGCAUCAAAAGUUUGGUAGAUGCUGUGAACAAGAGGCAUUUUGUAGGGGCAAAUUCCGAACUUCUAUUUCCCGAGUUUGAAUACAUUUUACAAGCAUUGACCUUUAUAUCGUCCGGAAUGAGCUCGUUGAAAACCAGACAAUGAUGACCUGGUGGAUGACGACGAGGACGACGCGUUGCUAUGGCUGACGACGAUGGUAGGAAGACUCCCACACAGUCUCUUGCCAUACAGAGACGGCCUGUCAUUCCCGAUGUCCGUAUCGAGAACGUCGACAAGGACGACGAUGUCGAAGGGUCGUCACACGCAGACGACAUCCUCUCCCGCAGUCCAGAAAGCGCGGGAGCCGCCGCCGCCGCUUCUGACGAUGGUGUGAAACGAAAUAGCGCCGCCGGUCGGUGGUUGCUCGUACGGUCGAGCAUACACAAAGAUCUACUGGGCUAUGACUCAGCUUCGGGUGAGAACAGUAGUACAAGCAGUCCUGCGGAAGGCCCGGGCGAUCCAAAGGGCCUUAUCAUUCUCAUUCAGAGUGGUCCUUCCAUUCAGAGCUAUACGCGACUCAAGAGGCAGCUCAAACGCUGCGAUCGCCAAUGGAUUUUACGAUUCCUGGAGCUACACGGAUUGGAAUUACUUUACGUUUCCUUAGAGCGGCUCUGUGCUAACGCCAGUCCCGGCCGCCCUGGCCGUCGCUCCCUGAGCAUCGCUGAUGCCUUCGCGCAGAUAGAGUGCGUCGCCUGCUUCAAGGCAGUAAUGGAUUCCCAAGCUGGUUUGGAUUAUAUAAUUGAGGAUACCGAAUUCACAAGAAAGUUGGCAAAUGGUGAGUCACACUGUUCCUUAUCUCCUUGUAAACCUUAUCAAACCAUGUUACACAUAUCUGCAUGAUUAUCCAUUGUUUUUAAAUCAAUAGAAACUUUGUAACCAUUAAAAUUAUCUAUUACAUCUCAACGAUUAAAAAGAAAACAAUUAUUGCAAGUAAAUAUCCAUAUUUAGUUUGCCACAUGCAACGUUCUGAAUGUCAUCACAGACGAAAUUUACUUUACCAAAGCAUAGAGUUAAGCCUUGAUAAAGGUAUUAACUAAACACUUGUACUGUCUCCUAUUAAGUAAACAUGACUUCCUCGAAAAUAUAAACUUUUUAAAAAGCUUAACGAGGAAGAACGGUUAAAUAAUGAAGUUGUCUCGUGCCAAUACACACCAAUUGUAACUAAAUACUUUCAGUUUGACAAGCUGUAUUUUAUGACAACCCAUAUGCUGUCUGUUUAUUUAUAACAAAAACAAAACAUAAAA